CUCCGUGGUUUCACUGGAAAUGCUGAAACGUGAGCCUUUCCCAUUGCCUCAGCAUUCAUCUCGCUGCUGUGUACCCCUUCUUUCGAAGUACUCCUAUUGCAGGAGAGAAUUGUGACGAGCUAGAGAUGGAGGAUGAGGAAGGCUACACCGCUUUGAAUUUACGACCCUCAGCUUCAGUUAUUACUCCUGGAUAUCUGAGCAGCAACAAACGUUCUGCAUUUAAGGCUCCAACCAGUUGUGUUGUAGUAGAUAGAGCUUCUGCCUCAUCUUCCAUAUGGCGGCCGGUGGCCUUUGCUUUCCUUGCUUUGUGCCUGGUGCUGCUGACGGGGCUGGUAGCCCUGCUGGCUCUGUUUUUUCAGGUUUCCAAGGAUCCUGAGGAAGGAAAGAAGCUGCAGGAAAUGAGGGAAGCAUUGUGUUUUGAAGGGAAGGAGAAAAAUGAAACAAAAUGUACUCUCUGUCCAGCAAGCUGGCAAAACAGUGGUGCUGACAACUGCUUCUACAUUUCAAAGCAGAAGAAAACAUGGAAGCAAAGCCAGGAAUUCUGUUCUUCAAGAAACUCCACUCUACUUGUGCUAAAAGACAAAGCAAAGAUGGUUUCUCUGCCACAUGAUUCACAGUUUUACUGGGUUGGAUUAUCAUACAUAUCUGAAAGGAGCAGGUGGUACUGGGAGGAUGGAACAGCUUUUUCAAAAGAAGCAACAAAUUGGGUUAUAUUAUAUGACAACAUCUUCUGUGCCUCCUUAUAUGGUCAGAUUAUUUAUGCCAGCCACUCUUGUUCGACAAAGCAAUUCUGGAUCUGUGAGAAAGUGGCUGUUCAUUUCAUCUGAAGAAGCAUUGCAAGAAGGGGUGUGGGAUCUGCCAGUGUGAGAUACCAACUUUAGGAACAGGAAGUUCUAAAUACAUUUUAAUUUUUGUUUAUCAUACAGUUUUCUCAGAAUGGUGAUUCAAGUGUUUUGGCUAGGACAGAGUUGCUUUUCCUCAUAGUAGCUAGUAUGGGGCUAUGUUUUGGAUUUGUGCUGAAAACAGUGUUGAUAAUACAGGCGUGUUUUCACUAUUGCUGAGCAGUGCUUAUACAGAGUCAAGGCUUUUUCUGCUUCUCACACUACCCCACUAGCGAGUAGGCUGGGGGUGGGCAAGAAGUCGGGUGGGGACACAGCUGGGACAGCUGACCCUAACUGACCAAAGGGUUAUUCCAUAUCAUAUGAUGUCAUGCUCAGUAUAUAAACUGGGUGGAAGAAGAAGGAAGUGGGAGAUAUUUGGAGUUACAACAUUUGUCUUCCCAAGUAACCAUUACACAUGAUGAAGCCCUGGUCUCGUGGAGAUGGCUGAACACCUGCCUGACAGUGGGAAGUAGUGAAUGAAUUCUUGUUAUGCUUUGUUUGUGCAUGUGGCUUUUGCUUUACCUAUUAAACUGUCUUUAUCACAACUCACAAGUUUUCUUACUUUUACUCUUCCGAUUCUCUCCCCCAUCCCACUGCGGGGGGAAGUGAGCGAGCUGCUGUGUGGUGCUUAGUUGCCCACUGGGGCUAAACCACAACAGUCUUUUUUGGCACACAACUUGGGGCUCGAAGGGUUUGAGAUAAUGACAGAUCUGACCGGAAUAUGCUAGAAGCAAUCUCUGUGAAAAUAGAGUCAAAUGUCACGGUUGCAUUAAACAUUACCUGAAUAACUUCAGUGCUAUCAUGACAUCAGUUGCUACACAAACAGCAGUGAGGAUAAUAAUUAUGUGCUCCAUUCAGAACUACACACAAUCAGUACUCAAACUGAUGCAGAAUCCAUUGCCACAGAUCUUACUUGAACUCUUGUAUUAGACACACUGUUUGGGAUCUCUGGAGCUCAAGGUACACACUAAGCAUCAUGUGUUAUUAAAGCACUUGUCAUACUUCUUGAAAGAAAAUGGUGUUUCCAGUUUUUCUGGGUGGAGUUUCAUUGCAUGCGUUCUUUGAAGUUUUGUAUGUCAGCAUCUGUUUUGUAUUACAUAUGCAUAUGUUCCUUGUAUUUAUAUAUACCCCUUGUAUCUAUGUGUAUAGGCCUUAGUAUUUGGAGACUUUCCUUAAAAUAAAUGAAAAAAUAAUAUCUUUAAUAGUCAAUAUUUCCUUGGAAAAUAUUCUCAAAGACUGAAGCAGUUCCUUGAUAAAAAUAUGAAUCCCUCUUUCUAAUGUGCCAAAAGGUGUUUGUGAACUGAAUAAAUUCAUUA